AUGGACCGCCUCCUGCCAAAUAACGAGAUCUACCUCGACGAAGAGAUAAAGGCCGAAUACCCGACCGCGACAGUAACGCCCGAUAAAACAUCGAUUGACUUUCGAACGCAUAAGAACUUGAGGCCGUUCUGCUACCACUGCGGCGACUACAACCUCAGUUACGGCCAGAAGUACUUCUGGCACCGGUGCGUGAGUUUCCGUCACUUUUUCUGUUACUACUGUUUCGACUACAGCCUGAAAAAGUACACGCACACGUGCGUCGACGGCGAGCCGAUAGUAGACGAGUGUCGCACCAUCGAGCACUUGCUGUGCGGCAAGCUAAAGUUUUGUUGUAAAUCGCCUGGGUGCCGCAAGAUAUUUGGCGGAUCAGCCAUCAAGAAACACGAGAUAACAUGCGAGAAACAGCCCGAGAUGGCCUGCCCCGUGAACGGAUGCAAGUGGCGGGGAAGGAUCGACGUUAUGGAAGGCGAACACUUUAAGGACCACGAAGACAGCAAGCUAAUUCUGCGCAACGUUGUGCUAAAACUCGAUCCUGGCCGCAAAUAUUACCUGCUAAUUCUUGGUAAAUUCGUACUCGUGGAUUACACGUCCGAAGAGCUCGGCGAGGUGUACGAGCACUCGUUCUCCUUGUCGGUGCGCAAUGGUGACGUCGGUACGGCCGUCAAGCCGGUCGGUCUGGUCUCGACGAGCCACACGCUGCUCAAGAAGAUAGUGGGCGACGACUCGGUGAAAAGCGUGCGGAAAAACGUGGUCGUUUUCGUGUAUUUUGAAUGAGAAAACACACCGAUACCGACGGACACUUUAACCUGAUCGAUGGUUUCA